GCCGCGAUGUGGCGCGAAUAUAAACGUCGUCAUUCAUCUCCCCUAAUGCGCCAGACUACAUCGCCGUAUACCCGACACUUAUACCUUGGGAAAAAAAGAAACACUCCUUCUCUUUAUACCAUUGUUUCAUUGUACCAAGAAAGACUUCUUAUCUUCUGUAGUUGUUUUGUUGCUUCUCACCCAGGACAUCCCCCAUCUUUUCGUCUUGGAUCGCGUCGUAACUCUUUGUUGCCGUCGCCUCGACUAUCGCCGCAAUGGCGGAGAAAGACGAUCUCGAGUCCCCUCGACCAACGCGGAUCCCGCACUUUCGACAAGUCAUCGACCAAGCAGGCAUCACCCCGGAAGUACAAGCAUGGGAGUACGAGGGCUCCGGCACGGAAGAGGACCCGUACAUCGUUCAAUGGAUUGAUGACGACCCCCGAAAUCCCAUGAGCUACAGCCCAUUGAAGAAAUGGAGCAUCACGUUGAUGGUCGCAGUCGCAACGCUGGCCGUGGCCUUCGUUUCCAGCGCGUACAGCGGAGGCAGCAAGGAGGUUAUUGAAGAGUUCCACACCACCACCGAAAUCUUCACCCUAGGCACUUCCAUCUUCGUGCUCGGAUUUGCCAUCGGCCCUCUCUUUUGGGCUCCUUUGUCGGAGCUCUUCGGGCGCCAGGUCAUCUUCAGCGGCACUUACUUCGCCCUCACCGUGUUCAACGCCGGCGCGGCAGGAAGCCAGAACAUCUACACCCUCAUCAUCCUGCGAUUCCUCGGCGGAGCCUUUGGAUCCAGCCCUCUGACGAAUGCUGGAGGCGUGAUUGCAGACAUGUUUCCUGCUCGCGACCGUGGCCUAGCACUGACCGCCUUCGCAUCUGCACCAUUCCUGGGUCCGGUGAUUGGUCCAAUUGUCGGUGGCUUCGUCGGUGAGACGAUCGGCUGGCGCUGGAUUGAAGGCAUCAUGGCCAUCUUCACCGGAACCCUCUGGAUCAUUGGCACGCUCGUCAUCCCUGAGACCUACCCGCCCGUCCUUCUCCAACGCCGGGCGCAAAAGCUCAGCAAGCUGACAGGCAAAGUCUACAAAAGCCAAGGAGAGGUACGCCAGGGGAAAGCGACGUUCGGCCACGUCUUCAAAACCUCCCUUCUCAGGCCUUGGGUUCUCUUGAUCAAGGAGCCGAUCGUGCUGCUGCUGUCCAUCUACCUCGCGAUCGAGUACGGCACGCUCUACAUGCUAUUCACCGCCUAUCCGAUCGUCUACGAAAUGGAGCGCGGCUGGUCGCAAGGCGUUGGCGCUCUGCCCUUCAUCGGCAUCCUCGUCGGCAUGAUGGGCGCAGUGCUCUACAGCGCCAUCGACAAUCACGUGCGCUAUGUGAAGCUUUACGACCGCUACAAAGGAUUUGCGCCACCUGAGGCCCGCCUGCCGCCGACGAUGAUUGGAGGCGUUCUGGGAACCAUCGGACUGUUUUGGUUCGCAUGGACGGACUACCCUUCGUAUCCGUGGAUUGCGUCCGUCGCGGCCGGUGCUCCAUUCGGUUUCGGCAUGGUGCUGAUCUUCCUUGGCGUGUUCAAUUAUCUGAUUGACGCAUACACGAUCUUCGCGGCAUCAGUCCUGGCUGCAAACGCCGUCCUGCGAUCUCUCUUCGGUUUCGCUUUCCCUCUCUUCACCAGUCAAAUGUACGAAAACCUCGGCUUACACUGGGCCGGAUCAAUCCCCGCAUUCUUGUCGUUACUCGGCAUCCCAAUGCCCUUCCUCUUCUGGAAGUACGGCCCGGCAAUCCGAGCCCGCUGCAAGUACGCAGCAGAAGCAGCAGAGUUCAUGAAGAAGAUGCAAAGCCAAAUGGACGACAGCGAGGACGAGGGCACAUCUAGCGAAGAGCGACAGGUUUCGGAGCACUCCGUCGACAAGGAAAAGGAACACAGGGAGGAAAGGGAGGAAGAGGAAAUGCAGGAAGCCAUCGACUUCUCCUACGGGCCGGAGGAGGAGCAGCCCCGACUGGAACCUAUCAAGUCGCGGGCGAGUAAGCGGCCGUCGUUGUCGAGGAAGCACACGAGCUACGAUGACAGUCCGUUUGACUUGGAUCGCACGAAUACGCGGGAGAGUUUCCGGUAUGAGGAGAGGAAGAUUUCGUUGUCGCGGCGGUCGAGCAAGUCCAGCAAGACGAGCAGAAAGUAGAGUAUCUUGUUGCGAAAGUUUGGCGCGGCGUUCCGGGGACGGAUGAUUAAUUUAAACGAUCCGAUCAUCAAAUAAAUA